AUGAUCAAUGUCAUAAGUGUCCAUUCCUCUCCAACAUCCAAUCAUCACAUCGAUUGUGGCCUGAACAUACAACACCCAACUUACGAGAAAAAAUGCAACUCCGAUGACCGCCUUUGCAACCAGUUUUAUGGGCUGGUGGCGGGGGAUUUCCGGAUGCUCUGGAACUCCAGCUGCUGUCGAGCGGAUCGCUGCAACACCCAGGAAGUCAUUGUACAAACAGCACCUCAGAUUCCCAACGGGGUUCGUUGCAAUUCGUGCUUUGCCCGUGGCGCACAUUUUUGUCUGAAUCACACUACAGUGGCGUGUACUGGCCUCCUGACCAACUGCAUCCACUUUGCCACCAUUGCAAGUACAGACGAAUUCAAGGACGAACAAGUCGCCUUUACAGGAUGCGCCACCAGGAACAUGUGCGACAUGGGAGCGGGAGCGCUGUUUGCUGCUGGCCGCAAUGUGGACAUCAAGAUCUGGUCUCGACUUCCUACAAUGAGCAUCUGUUCCACCUUCCCUUCUUGGAAGAUCUCUCUCUGCUGUUCAGAUCUUUGAGCCGAUGCUCGAAUCAGGGAAGGGACAGCCAUCUUCCACCGUAGGAUCUCCCAGACUUUUUCCCCUUUAAGAAUCUUUUUCUGUGCUGAUGUUGUCAGUAUUUUCCACACCAUCCUUCCUGUGGGAGACAGGGAAUGGACCGAACUGGGAGAGGCAGAGGGCCAAUCGUGGUGAAGUAUGGGUGCCACCAUAGCUGAUUUAAGGCCAAGUAAGAAAACGGGUAGUGUUUUUAAGAAGGGAAAGAAGAAAACAUGGGUCAAUUUGGAAGACCUUGGAGAGAAAAGCUG